GUUAACAAGGAUUUAGAUGCAUAGUGCGCGCGCCACGGAGCCAUGGGAACUCGCCGGGUCAAUUAGCUGCGUCGCAUAGCCACAUGAACAGAAGACAGAUAGACGGACCGGGGGCUCGCAGAGGCCCUGGGUGAAGCGGAAAAACGGAAUAGCGCACGACAAGAGUGCAGCUUUCAGGACCCCAGAGAAAGGAGACUAACCGCCUCGCGCCAGGAUGCAGGGUCUGAGCUCACGAGCCCACGCUUUCUCCGUGGAAGCGUUGGUCGGUAAAACGAUAAAGAGGAUGAAGAAGGAGAACGGGAAGGACCCGAGCUCACCGGGAGACACAGAGACGGAGACAAGCUCUGUUCGACAGGAGACAUACGAGCACGAUUACCCAAACGACCAGAGGAGGAAGGCUGGUAACACGCCAAGAAGGCUGGGAGAGUGCGACUCUGAGCCGGGGAGAGAAGAAAGGACAAGGACGGGAGAUAGUGACUCUAACCCGGGUAGAGAGGAGAGAGAGGUCCGGGUGGAGCUCCAGGGAUCGGAUCUGUGGACCAGGUUCCAUGAGAUCGGGACAGAGAUGAUUAUUACCAAAGCCGGCAGGAGGAUGUUCCCGUCCUUGCGCGUAAAGGUGCGUAACUUGGACCCGUGCCAGCAGUACUACAUCGCCAUGGACGUUUUGCCCGUCGACUCCAAACGAUACAGGUAUGUGUACCACAGCUCUCAGUGGAUGGUGGCAGGAAAUACGGACCACUCCUGCAUCGCGCCGCGCUUGUACAUGCACCCGGACUCCCCGUGCGUGGGCGAGACCUGGAUGCGUCAGGUGAUCAGCUUCGAUCGGGUCAAACUGACCAAUAACGAGAUGGAGGACAAGGGACACAUCAUUCUACAGUCAAUGCAUAAGUACAAGCCUCGCGUCCAUGUGAUCCGCCACAACCCCCGGCUGGACCUAUCAAAAAUCCCCUCGCUGCCCACUGAGGGUAUGGCCAGCUUCUCCUUCCCAGAGACAGAGUUCACCACCGUGACAGCCUAUCAGAACCAACAGAUCACCAAAUUGAAGAUUGACAGGAACCCAUUCGCUAAGGGCUUCAGAGACCCAGGACGGAACAGGGGCGUGUUGGACGGCCUCAUGGAGUCCUAUCCCUGGAGUCUGGAGUUCAAACCAUUUACUCUACAGCUACAAGGAGGUAGCUGUGGGUCUCCAAGCAACUGCAUUUCUCCUCUGAAGAGCCUUGUCCCUCUCUCCUGUCCUCUGACCUCUCACCCCUUCACCCUCUCCUCCUUCCCCUGCCCCGACACCAGCCUGCACUCCUUUUGUCUUCCCCUCUGCUGCAAGACCUCCCCCUUCUCCCCCAUUUCCCCCCUGCCGGCCAGACCCUCCCCUUCCCCGCGACGCUACUCCCCCCUGCCACCCCUCCUCUCAGCCCUGCCGGGGAAGAAGGCUCCAGGCUUCAGUGCUCUGUGUCUUCAGGGGGGCAUUUCCGGACAUCCACCCAGCCUGCAGCCACACCCCCUACAGGCCCCUCCCUCUCACAGCUCCCCGCGGGGACCCGGCCCUCACUACCCUCACCGCUCCCACUCAGACCCAGCUCCCCCGUACUGUCUGUACCGCUCCAGUCUACCCAGAAACCUCGCUGCUUUCUCAUGCCACGCCAAACUGGCUGACAGCACCACAGACUGUCUGCUACGCCAGACACCCUGGAACACCACCAUCAACCACUGCCUCUGACCUCUAACCCCUGACCCUUCCUUACCCUUACCCUAACCUAGCAAUAACAAGUAGCCCUUAUCCUGGAAACCAUAGCGCAUCAGUAUCAGACCAUCAUCUACUAGAGCUGUAUCAGACCAGCAUCUACUAGAGCUGUAUCAGACCAUCAUCUACUAGAGAUGUGUCAGACCAUCAUCUACUAGAGAUGUGUCAGACCAUCAUCUACUAGAGCUGUAUCAGACCAUCAUCAUCUACUAGAGCUGUAUCAGACCAUCAUCUGCUAGAGCUGUAUCAGACCAUCAUCAUCUACUAGAGCUGUAUCAGACCAUCAUCAUCUACUAGAGCUGUAUCAGACCAUCAUCAUCUACUAGAGCUGUAUCAGACCAUCAUCUACUAGAGCUGUAUCAGACCAUCAUCUACUAGAACUGUAUCAGACCAUCAUCUACUAGAGCUGUAUCAGACCACCAUCUACUAGAGCUGUAUCAGACCAUCAUCUACUAGAGCUGUAUCAGACCAUCAUCAUCUACUAGAGCUGUAUCAGACCAUCAUCUACUAGAGCUGUAUCAGACCAGCAUCAUCUACUAGAGCUGUAUCAGACCAUCAUCAUCUACUAGAGCUGUAUCAGACCAUCAUCUACUAGAGCUGUAUCAGACCAGCAUCAUCUACUAGAGCUGUAUCAGACCAUCAUCUACUAGAGCUGUAUCAGACCAGCAUCUACUAGAGCUGUAUCAGACCAUCAUCUACUAGAGCUGUAUCAGACCAUCAUCAUCUACUAGAGCUGUAUCAGACCAUCAUCAUCUACUAGAGCUGUAUCAGACCAUCAUCAUCUACUAGAGCUGUAUCAAACCAUCAUCUACUAGAGCUGUAUCAGACCAUCAUCUACUAGAGCUGUAUCAGACCAUCAUCAUAUACUAGAGCUGUAUCAGACCAUCAUCAUCUACUAGAGCUGUGUCAGACCAUCAUCUACUAGAGCUGUAUCAGACCACCAUCUACUAGAGCUGUAUCAGACCAUCAUCUACUAGAGCUGUAUCAGACCAUCAUCAUCUACUAGAGCUGUAUCAGACCAUCAUCUACUAGAGCUGUAUCAGACCAGCAUCAUCUACUAGAGCUGUAUCAGACCAUCAUAUACUAGAGAUGUGUCAGACCAUCAUCUACUAGAGCUGUAUCAGACCAUCAUCUACUAGAGCUGUAUCAGACCAUCAUCAUCUACUAGAGCUGUAUCAGACCAUCAUCAUCUACUAGAGCUGUAUCAGACCAUCAUCAUCUACUAGAGCUGUAUCAGACUAUCAUCAUUUACUAGAGCUGUAUCAGACCAUCAUCUACUAGAGAUGUGUCAGACCAUCAUCUGCUAAAGCUGUAUCAGACCAUCAUCUACUAGAGCUGUAUCAGACCAUCAUCAUCUACUAGAGCUGUAUCAGACCAUCACCAUCUACUAGAGCUGUAUCAGACCACCAUCUACUAGAGCUGUAUCAGACCAUCAUCAUCUACUAGAGCUGUAUCAGACCACCAUCUACUAGAGCUGUAUCAGACCAUCAUCUACUAGAGCUGUAUCAGACCAUCAUCUACUAGAGCUGUAUCAGACCAUCAUCAUAUACUAGAGCUGUAUCAGACCAUCAUCAUCUACUAGAGCUGUAUCAGACCAUCAUCUACUAGAGCUGUAUCAGACCAUCAUCAUCUACUAGAGCUGUAUCAGACCAUCAUCUACUAGAGCUGUAUCAGACCAUCAUCAUCUACUAGAGCUGUAUCAGACCAUCAUCUACUAGAGCUGUAUCAGACCAGCAUCAUCUACUAGAGCUGUAUCAGACCAUCAUCUACUAGAGCUGUAUCAGACCAUCAUCAUCUACUAGAGCUGUAUCAGACCAUCAUCAUCUACUAGAGCUGUAUCAGACCAUCAUCUACUAGAGCUGUAUCAGACCAUCAUCUGCUAGAGCUGUAUCAGACCAUCAUCUACUAGAGCUGUAUCAGACCAUCAUCUACUAGAGAUGUGUCAGACCACCGUUAUGUACUGUUUUAUAUUUUCUCCCUUUUUCUACCCUGACCCUAACACUGACCCUAACCCUAACCCUGACCCUAACACUGACCCUGACCCUAACCCCAACCUGACCCUAACUCUAACCCUAACUCUAACCCUAACUCUGACCCUGACCCUAACCUUAACACUGACUCUAACUCUAACCCUGACCCUAACCCCAACCUGACCCUAACACUGACCCUGACCCUAACCCCAACCU